AUGUGGGAGACGACAAAGGAGGUACUAAGGGUAACUAGAGGAACUGGACGUAAACGGAGAGUGGGUAGAGAAUCUUGGUGGAUUAGCAAAGAGGUCCAGUCCAAGGUUGCGACAAAACUUAGUUGCUUUAAGGAUCUUGUCAAAAGUCGUCAAAACGGUACAAAUGAAGACUGGUCUUUGGCUAGGCAGAGGUACUACGAAGCCAAGAAAGAAGCAAAGAGGAUCGUUUCCAUAGCAAAAGAAAGGGCGUACGAAGAACUGUACAAGAAACUAGAUUCCAAAGAAGGCAAAAACGAAAUCUUCAUAAUUGCUAAAGCAAGGGAGAAAAGACGUAGGGAUUUAGGAGAUGUCAUCUAUAUUAAAGACGAAAGUGGACAGAGCAUUGUGAAGGAGGGAGACAUUAGGAAAAGAUGGGAAGAGUACUUCGCCAACCUGUUUAAUGGGAGAGGGUCGGGGAGAAUUGAAGGAGGAGAGGACCUCACCGCACACCCAAACACACGCUACGACGAUGGCGAUGCUACGAGGAUCAGCCAAGAGGAAGUAAUGGUCGCCCUAAAGAAGAUGGGGAGAAACAAAGCAGUAGGUCCAGACCAAAUUCCGGUUGAGGCAUGGAGAUGCCUGGGGGACGUGGGGAUAAGCUUGUUGACAAGCCUCUUCAACAAGAUUUGGACGAGUGCAAAAAUGCCAGAAGAAUGGAGACUUAGUGAGGUUAUACCUAUCUAUAAGAACAAGGGGGACGUGCAGAGUUGUAGCAACUAUAGGGGCAUUAAACUCUUAAGUCAUACCAUGAAGCUCUAG